AUGCGUUGGAUAAGCAACCAUCCAGUUUUAUUAGAAUAUAAUAGCACUAUUCGACAAAAUUGAACAGUUUUUUGGGCUGACAGAAAAGGGGCGCACCCUGCAGAUGCGUAAAGUUACAUUCACAGUUUCAUUCUGCCAUUCCUUUCACUUUAUAACACAGAAAAAUAGACAACAAAGCAACGGAUUUUUGAGGCGUCUGCGUUUAGCUUGCUUUAAACGACAUUUCCCAGCAGCCCGCGCGGUAAAAUCGUGUUUUUGUAGGAAGUGUUCCUGUGAGAGCAUUAGUGUGCCAUCCGGUUGAGGAGUGGAGGACUGAGCUUGGUCGAGAGUGAGCUUUCAGCGGCGACCACAGAGUCACCUCAGUGCACGGGCGACUGUGUCGGCUGCGUAUAAAAACAAGCUGCCACUAUAUGAAACCAAAAGCGACUGAGCUUGAGUAAGUCCUCGCCUGUGUAGUCUCCCUCAUCCCUCCAGGCUGGGCAAUGAAUAAACAACCAAGCAAGGAGAGUCUGAAGGACAAGGUGAAGGGGAUCUUUGGAUUGGUAACCUCUCGUCCGCUGAGCAAACAGAGUGAAAACAAGCCGUCUGAGUUCAUCAUUACAAAUGACAUCAUCAAGGAGCUCCAUCCUGACUGCGGUCUGAGCAACCGCAUUCGCACGAUGAACCAUGUCUGUGAGCUUGCCAGGAUGAAAAAGUUUGAAGAGCAUGCGGUGGCGGCAGUGUGGAAAGCUGUGGAGGACAUGCUGACUCCAGAACAGCCACCGGAGGCCAGACAUGCUGUUCUGCAGCUUUUGAGGGCCAUUAUACAAGGACAGGGGGAACAACUCGGCCCUUUGAGAGCCUACUUUUUCAACGUGAUAAGAGACUACCAGCCAUGCAACGAAGACCUGUCUGAUCGACUGGAAGUCUUUAAAGCCUUAACGGAGAACGGGAAGGACAUUACAUACUUGGAGGAGGACAUAGCACGCUUUGUCCUACUGUGGAUGGACAUAGGUCUCACCUCUGACUUUCUCAACGUACUUGUCAAUCUGGUGAAGUUCAAUAGCUGCUACUUGGACCAAAAUGUCUCCAUCAUGGUUCAGAAAAUCUGUCUUCUGUGCAACAGAACAACAUCCUCAACAGAUAUUGAGGUGGCACUACAGGUACUGGAUGCGGUGGUGUGUUAUAACUGCCUGCCCUCAGACUCUCUCACUGUCUUCAUUAUUACACUCUGUCGUACAGUCAACGUUAAGGAGUUUUGUGAAUCUUGCUGGAAGUUAAUGAGGAAAGUGUUGGGGACGCACCUUGGCCACAGUGCCAUUUACACUAUGUGCCGAAUCAUGGAGGAGAGGGUGUACAUGGAGGAUGCGCCAUUGUUGAGAGGAGCUGUAUUUUUUGUUGGAAUGGCACUCUGGGGCGCUCACAGACUCCAUGCUCUCAAAAACACACCCACACUGGUUCUUCCGUCUUUUUACAAGGCCAUGUCAUGUCCCAAUGAGGUUGUCUCCUAUGAAAUCGUGCUCUCCAUCACCAGACUUAUCAAGAAGUAUGGCAAAGAGCUGCAGGUUGUCACCUGGGACAUCCUGCUGGGAAUCAUAGAGCGACUGCUGCAGCAGAUCCAGACUACAGGCAGCGCUGAGUUGAAGGCCAUUGUUUAUGAGCUUUUGACCACCGUAGAAGAGCUGUACGAGCAAAAUGGGUACCAUGGCUCAACAGAGAAGUUCUUCAGUCUGGUGGAGAAAUGUGCUGACAAAAGACCUGAUGCAUCAGUGCUGACCCUCAUCUCGUACAGGGCCCAGUCCAUCCAACCAGCUAAGGAUGGGUGGAUUCAGAGUCUUCACCGACUCAUGGAGAAAUUCUUCAAGAAUGAGACUCGCAGUGUGAUAAGGAUCAAAGUGCUUCAUAUCCUGUCCUUCGUUCUCAGUACCAACCAACAGCUGUACGAGGAUGAGUUGAUUGAAAUGGUGGUGAUACCCCAGCUUAGUGGGAUAGCUGAGGACCGGGACUUGGCCGUCAGAAAACAGGCCACACAGCUUCUUGUGGAUCUCGCUGAGAGCUGCAACACUCACCACUUCACCAGCCUGCUGGAUAUCAUUGAUCGGGUGGCCAGUCGCUCUCUGGUGUGUUCAGGAGCCUUGGAGGCUUCCGAGAGGGACCCCACAGCGGAGUCUUCUAUGGAAGAUGUCAGAACUGCUAUACUGGGCUUGCUGGGGAUUCUGCAGAGCAAGCUCUACAAUCUACCAGCCAGCCAUGCCAGCCGUGUUUACGAGUUGCUCAUCGGCCACCUGCAGCUUCACUACAAGAACAAGUACUGUUCAGCUAUUGCUUCCAGUAUUAGAAUACAGGUGUUUGACUUUUUCCUGAUGAUGCGUGCAGACUCUCUCCACCGCCUUGGUGUACACAACAACAAAGAUGGCAUCAUGAGGUUUAGCCCUUACUGCUACUGCGACACAGGAGAACCAGAGAAGCGAGUCAGUGAUAAGAAGACAGCAGGUCCAACGUCUCCUCCAGCUGCCGGCCCUGCUUCUUCUGCUGCACUUCCCCUCUCGACAGCCUUAAUUCGCUCAGCUUACCUGCCCUAUGCAGCCGCCUUCAGCGUCCUCCUGCAGUGCCUCAAGAUGGAGACAGACUGGAAGGUUCUGAAGCUAGUCCUUGACAAGCUGCCGUGGACGCUGCAGUACAAAGUGCUCCUGCUGACGUCACCAUGCAGCUUGGACCAACUCUGUUCUACACUCUGCUGCAUGGUAACAGACCGGCUUAUCUCAGAGCGCUUGAAGAAGACACCAGAUGGGUUUUCCCGCACUGAUGUUCAGCUGGCAGUCGUCCCUGUUCUCACAGCGAUCACAUCUUAUCAUAACUACCUGGAGCAGUCGAGACAGAGAGAGCUGGUUCAGUGCCUUGAGACUGGCCUCAUUUACCGCUGUGCCAAGCAGUGUGUAGUGGCCCUGACCAUGUGCACGGUGGAGAUGCCAGACAUUAUGAUCAAGCUUCUCCCGGCUCUUAUUGUCAAGCUCACGCACAUCUCAGCCACUGUUGCCAUGGCAUCUCCUAUGCUAGAGUUCCUCUCCACUUUGGUGCGACUUCCUCAUCUGUACGCUAAUUUUGUAGCUGAGCAGUAUGUCAGCGUGUUUGCCAUCUCCCUGCCAUACACUAACCCCUCGAAGUUCAACCAGUACAUUGUAUCACUGGCCCACCAUGUGAUCGCCAUGUGGUUCAUACGCUGCAGACUCCCCUUUCGCAAGGACUUUGUUCAGUACAUCACAAAGGGUUUGCGUUCCAAUGCCCUGCUACCGUUUGACGACGGUCACGAGCAGAGCCCAUUUCGGGCUCGAAGCACCAGCCUCAAUGAAAGACCCAAGAGUCUGCGGGCGGCAAAAGUGGCGAAGGCUGCAGCGGUGGUAGCCAAUAGCAGCAGCUCUCCAGUUAAAGAGCUGAGGGACCUGUCGGCCAUGGACGCUUUCCGAUCACGAAGCAUCAGUGUCUCCGAACAUGCGGUUCGCAGGAUGCACACCUCAACCACCACAUGCAGCCUGGGCUCCGCUGAUGAAAAUGCAGUGACUCAGGCAGAUGAGGGUCUCAAGACGGUCCACCUUGAGCUCACUGAGACCUGUUUGGACAUGAUGGCACGAUAUGUGUUUUCCAACUUCUCUGCACUGCCCAAGAGGUCUCCCAUUGCAGAGUUCUUGUUGGCAGGUGGUCGCAGUAUGACCUGGCUGGUGGGAAACAAGCUGGUCACCAUAACAACCAGCGGAGGGGUCAGAACCCAAGCGCUGCUUGGCCUCGACAUGGCGGAGCGUCUGGGGGGAGGAGGGGAAAUGACGAGGUCAGAUCCAUCACUACACACCAGAAUAACCAAAGAGGCUCCAGCCAAACUGGAGUCACAGUCAAGCCAGCAACACAACAGAGCCACGCGCAUACGGGUCCGCUCAAUGUCAGGUGGCCACGCUCUACGUGCUGGUCCGGCUCAGAGUCUCAGCCCUCUCGUGUCCCCCUCUGAGGGCGAGUUGGCCGCUUCACUCUCUCCAUCUUCUGGGCCCAUGCUGGAUGGUGUCGGUCCUCCCACCGCCACCCCGUCUGCUCCUUCACCGCUCAAAGACAACCCCAGCCUGGCUGAGUUUGUCCCUAUGCUGACGCAGGGCUGGGCAGAGAUCUUCAUACGGAGACCAUCUGGUAACACAAGCUGGCUGAUGUGUCUGGAGAACCCACCCAGCCCCUUCUCCUCCGAGCUCGGCAACAUGCCUCUGCAGGAGCUCUCCAGCGUUCUGAUGGCAAUGGAGGGUGUGAAGGAGCCUCCCACCCAGACAGCCAGUGCUCCCGCCAGCACUGCCGCGCCGGCACCGGUGCCUGUCUCUGAGACCCAACCUCAAACACACAGCAGCGUCGGCAAGGCCAGCCUGAUCCAGCGCUCCAACACUGUAGGCGCCUCUCUUUGGUCUCUGGGUCUGAGCUCGGCCCCCUCAGGCCCUAAAGCUACUGGCAGGUUGCACAGGAGUAUUUCCUGGGCAGAGUCUGUGGUGGUGUUGGAGGAGAGUUCAGGGGUCACCGCAGCACACACCCCGUCCGACUGGCUGGAAAGUGAGGAGUUUGAGCCAAUUAUAUCUGACCCCAUCUUCAAGGCCCCUCCUCCGGGAACACUCAGCAGGUCUUCUUCCACUUCCAGUCAAGAUGAUGAAAAGUCCACUCUGGAAGAAGUAAGUGAAGGUGCAAUUCCUAUUGAUCAGCCCACCAUGGGGCCCUCCACCCCUGGAAGCCAGGCCCUUGAUCUUCCCUUCCAGACCCACUCUCAGUCCCAGAGUCAUGGACUUAACAAGUCCAGCUCCUCUCCAGAGCUUCAGACCUUACCUGAAGCAUUUGCCAAGGCUGCUAUGGAAUCAGAGUCUUUGCUGGCAGAUGUGACUAAAACGGCCUUGGAUGGGAAGCCCCAGCUCCAGCAAGCUCACUUCGAGAAGGACAAAGUGGAAGGAAGCACAGGAGGUGACACGAACGGACUGGGAGGCCACAGCCAAGCGGCUGAGGGCCCUGCUGUUGCACCACCUCAAAGUGGGGGAGCAAAGACAAGGUUGGAGUUCCCAGCAGCACCACAGCAGCCUGGACCCAUCUCCCCAAGUGGAGGCCACCGACCCCGAGGUCACACUAUCUCAGUGUCUGCACCUUCGUCCAGGAGGGAGAGGAGGACAGACAGGGACAUGUACCACAGUCGACCUGGCUCUGGAAACGCAGAGAAGAUCUCAGGACUGAGCCCCAGCUUUGUGUUCCUUCAGCUGUACCACUCUCCUUUCUUUGGAAAUGAAGCAAACAAGCCCCUGCUUCUACCCAAGACUCAGGUGAUCGACCGAGCGGUGAAGGUUCUGGACCAGAUGCCUCCCUAUGACACUCAUAAGAUUGGAGUGGUGUUUGCUGGAGCUGGUCAGGUAAACAACGAAGUCGCCAUCCUGUCAAACGAGUAUGGCUCCAACCGCUACACCGCCUUCCUGACAGGCCUUGGCAAGUUAAUCCAUCUGAAAGACUGUGACCCUGACCAGAUCUUCCUCGGAGGGCUGGACCAGUAUGGAGAUGAUGGAGAAUUCACUUACUGCUGGCAUGACGACAUCAUGCAGGCUAUCUUCCACAUAGCCACGCUAAUGCCCAACAGGGAGAGCGACAAGGGCUGCUGCAACAAGAAGCGUCACAUUGGCAAUGAUUUUGUCAUGGUGGUGUACAAUGACUCUGGAGAGGACUACAAACUGGGCACCAUUAAGGGUCAGUUUAACUUUGUAGAAGUUAUUAUAAAGCCACUGGAUUAUGAAUGUAACCUGGUCACACUCCAGUGCCGCAAAGAUCUGGAGUCGUUAGUGGACACAUCGGUGGCAAAAAUCGUGUCAGACCGCAACCUUCCUCUCUUAGUCAGACAGAUGGCUCUACAUGCAAAUAUGGCUUCUUUGGUACAUCAGUACAGAGCAAACCCCUCUGACGCUUACGCCUCCAAGUGGCUGGCAAGAUUACGGCACAUUAAGAGGAUUAGGACCAGGGCUCAAGAAGACAUUCAGUCUCGCUCAGCUCCUGGCAUCUCGCUCACACAGGGACACACGCAGCAGAGCAAGUCGUUUCAGCAGGGCACUCCAGCACCAAACUCAGAAGUCCCUGGGCAGAGGAAAAGACUUGUAUCAACAGUAGAUGACUUCACAGAUUUUGUUUGAUUACAUUUCUUAUAACAAAACACAUCUUAUAUAUACACACACACACACACACACACACACACACACACACACACACACACCAAGGAUCAGUCAGUGUGUGUGGAUUAAAAUGUGACCAUGACCAGGGAUUUGAAAUGUGGGAUUGUGCUCUGUUUUUGUUCCCCAAAGAGAAAUAAAUUAUAACCAGGAUUCACAUUGUA